GGUAACUGCAUGCUGAGGACGGCAACGCCGUUUGGCUAAAGUUUGCCGGACGGCCUAACUGCCGUUAAUCAUAUCCAACCUUUUGGAGUUAUGUUAAAUCGGAUUGCCAGUGUACCUCAUGUAAUGCCACCCUUUUGUCUUUGCUCAUCACUAUCCUUCAAUCGCUCAACUAAAAAUUUCAAAGCUCAAGACACAGUUGAUGCACAUGAUACAAGCCAACAACCGCAUUGUGCAAAACGUAACUAGCACUACUCUCUGCUUAGGCAUAUUUUUUUGCGUAUGACUCCAUUUCCCAAUGGAACCUCACUCUAUUCUCAUUCAGUCUUUGGUUCUAGUUGACAGAAGUAUUCUUGUUGACCAAAUGCAAUAGAUGAACCACCAGCCGCAGUGGGAUCUAUGCGCCCUGUGCGGGCAAGACCGGAAAGCCUGCAAUGGUAAACUAGGCCCGUUCCUUGGUCCUCUUGAUGACGGCAAUCGCAACGGCAUAGGCGUGUACAUCCACCGCGAGUGCGCGCUAUGGAGUUCCGAGGUCUAUCACAGCGGGGAUGGGUCCACCCUUCGCAACGUCGGCAAGGCCAUACGCCGGGGCAGGCAGCUGAGGUGCGGCGCCUGCGGCGAGCGAGGUGCCACACUGGGAUGCCGAGUGGACCGCUGCAACGUGUCGUACCACGUCCACUGCGCCCGCGCGUGCGGCUGCGCCUUCAACGAGGCGCGCUACCUCAUCGCCUGCCCCCGCCACGCAGCUGCGUUCCGUCACGAGGCGGAGGAGGCGCGCAGGGGCCUCUCCGCAGCCCAGUGGGAGCUGCCCGGCCGCACCCCCACCAUGGCCGCCGCCGCCCGCCGCGAGAGUCCCGUGGGUCGGUCCACUCCCGCGGCCUGGCGGAACCUGCUCCGCCGCGAGUCCGGAGGCGGCGGCCAGCAGCCCCCCUCCUCCGGAUUGCCAGCUGCUGCAGGGCCACCACCACCACCACCUCCUCCUGCUGCUGGUGGUGCUGGGCGGCAGCAGGAGCAGCCACUGCCACUGCCACUGCCGCAGCAGCAGCGCCGGUCUAGCGGCGGCGGCGGGGUUGAGGCUGGCGCCCCGGGUUGGGGUCGGGAGGAGGGCGGGCGGCAACGGCCCAGCAAAAGACGCAAAAUCGACUACACCGCCGCCGCCAAGCACCUGCUGGUAGCUCGCGCCGCGCUGCUGGCGGCCCGACACGCCACCUCCGCCGCCACCGCCGCCGCCGCCGCCGCUGCGGAGGCCGAGGAUGAUGAGGCGGUGUUUGCCGUCAAGGAGCGGCGGCGGUACGACAAGGACACGGCCAAGCUGGCGCCGAUAAUGCUAGGAGGAGGAGGAGCGACGGGAGCAGCAGCAGGAGAAGGAGGAGGAGCAGGGGGCGGCAUCUACAGUCGGGGUUUUGAGUGUGUGGGCGGGUUGCAGCCGGUGAUUGCGGCGCUGCAUGAGAUGGUGCUGCUGCCGCUGCUGCACCCGGGGCUGAUGGAGCGGCUGGGAGUGGCGGGGGCGGCACCACCCAGAGGCAUCCUGCUGCACGGCCUCCCCGGCACCGG